AAAGCGACAGGCCACCGCUUACUAUUUGUUCAUAAAACAUUUACAUUUUCGAUAGAAAUUCAUCUCUAUUGAUUUUUUUUUCUACUUCCCCGUUUUCGUUGGAUAUGAUAGCUGCAAUGCGAUGCUAAUUUUAGCUCUGCAGUUGAAUUGCAACCAACUUUACAAUGAGCAGAAUUAACUUGCGACAACGGUAGACUAAUACAAACUAAUUUCAAAAGGAUGUGUAAAAAUGAUAUCAGAGAAAUAAAAUGGUUAAAAUUUCCUGACAACGGGCUCGCCACACGCAUUCUCAAGAACCUUAACUAACCUGCACAUUCAGGAAUGAACUAAAAUGGCCAUAGGAUUGUUGAUAUAUGUAUUUCUUUUACGUUUUGAAAUCAGAACAGCGAAAACUCUUUACACAGACCAGCCAGAGUACAAACUAAUAGAAAAAUUAUUUAAUGAUAAGCGGGGUUAUAAUCGGAAUGUCCGACCAACGCUGGGAUACCACGAACCAAUUAAGGUUCAUGUUUCCGUAAACCUGGUUACACUUUAUUCACUGAACGAGAGAAGACAGACAUUCAGCUCGGCUGCUUGGAUCGACCUCUCCUGGCAGGAUCAACAUUUCGCAUGGAAUAAAACAGAGUUUACGGAUGUGAAGUCUAUCUUGGUUCCCAUGAAACGAAUAUGGAUUCCAGAUAUCUGCAUCACCAAUGCUGUCACGAAUGACAAAUGCUUGCUCGGGUCGGAAUUUGGUCAGGUGCUUUUGGAGUACUCUGGAAAGGUUACUCUUUGGAGGUAUAGAGACAUUCACACUAUUUGUAAUGUAGACAUUACUCUCUUUCCAUUCGAUCAACAGACGUGUUCGAUUAGAAUCGGAACGUUUUAUUCUGAGGACGAAAAGCUCUCUUUGCUGCCAUUAUAUGACAUAGUAGAUCUACGCAACUAUGUCCACAACGAAGAAUGGAAAAUGAUUAAAAGUUUUGUCAGAAAGAAACAUCUGACCUUCGAUAAAAACUUUACUGAGCUGGAGUUUACAUUUGUUUUGGUCAGAAAACCAUUAUUUCACCUUUACAGCACUGUUCUUCCAAUUCUAAUUUUAUCUAUUUUAAAUAUGGUCUGUUUUAUGGUUCCCAUAGAGUCUGGAGAAAAAAUUGGAAUGACAUUGGCGAUUUUCCUUUCUUUUGCCGUCUUCAUUACCCUGAUAAGUGAAAUGGCUCCGAGGUCAGGAGAAAACGUAUUUAUUUUCGGAGUAUUUAUGGUCGUGCAUCUUCUUAUGAGUGGAUUAACUAUUCUCCUUGAAGUUAUCGUUUUGAAUAUCUAUCACAAACCCAAAGAUACGAAAAUGAAAGCUAUGUACAUCUGGUUGUUUAAAAAACUAUGCAAUCAGGAGAAGAAAACAAUUGUGAAAGAGAAGGCAUCAAUAAUUGGGGAAGUGUUAGUGCAGAUUACGAAUGGUUCAACACUGUGGUGGAACAAAGAGGCUAGACAUCAGAACAACCACGCUGGCAAUAAAAAUGAAGUCGAGGCUGAGAGAGAAGAACCUGAAGAUUGGCAGAAACUAGCAACUGGACUGGACAACGUUUUUGGCUGUGUUGUAAUAACCAUAAAUGCUCUGCUUAUUCUUAUAUUCUUUGUGCUAGUAAAUACUUUGUGAUAGAGAAAUACAUCAUGGGUAUUGAUAUUUAAGUUCAUAAUUGAUAUGGCUACAUGAUUUGAUUGUAUGGUGUGUAAUGUAUGUCCCUUGUCCGUUAGCUAUUAAAGUAUUUCAUCAC